AUGGUGUUAUUCCCAGACAAAGAGCCCUACCUUGCAACGAGGAUGAGGGCCCAAGAUCUAGCCAACGAGCUCGGCCAUCUAACCGAUGACAUGUUUCGCACCUGGGACAAAGAUCCGAAUAACAAUCUAGCAGAGAUUUACUAUUUCUCGUCAUCCGAAUGGGUAGCGAGUAAUCGGAUAAAUCCGGAAACAAAUCGCAGCUUUGCCGACUGGGCCGAGUUCUUUGGACCCGUGCAAGCAGCCGGUGAUAACUACACACGUAUUGUAAGUUGA